GUAUCCACCUGAGGCAUCAAGCUAUCAUGGUAAAGGACCACUUAUCACACUUCCUCUUCCUAUGCUGUGUUUACAACACUGUCAUCGAUGUACUCAGUAUCUACUCAAAGUAGUUCUUCAUGCUGCUCCCAGUUCAGUUGCAUUCCAUUCGAGAGACUUCGGUGUCCGGACAUCAACUCAAAAAUUAUUUUCUGAAGUCGCGAUCAUUCAAUAUCAGGAAGUAUAGGCCCAAACAUGUCGCGGAAGGAGACACUAAUACCGAUCCAAACAUACAAAUAAAUCAACACAUCAGCCCUUCUAAUAGCUCUAUACUCUUAACCUCAUUCUACUUCGACCUUGAUCCUACAGGUCAUCCUCACAAUCAUCGGCCAUUCAUUGUUAUUCGCGCUCUAUUUCGAGAACCACGUAUGCUCCUACUCUCUGUCAUCAUCACUGCUACAAGGCUCGUCUGGGCACCCAUACUGGGCAUUUCAUUAGCUGUUGGAUCUGUCUGCUCGCUAUUCACGUCGCAUAAUUGUUCGACAGACGCUCUGUGCAGCCCGCACUGUACACUAAAGACAUUCCCAUUGAUCAAUCCAGGUUCCGCUCUGUUGCCAAUCUGAAGUGGAAGGCGAUUCUGAAGUUAUAGAACGUCAGGAUCCAUCGUACCAAUCUAUAUCUUCAGGGUAUAUCUAACCACUCUGAAGGUCUCCAAAUGUCAUCACGAGGGCCACUACCAGACUCCGAGUCAGAACAGUCUGUACCUUCGAACAAAGCAUAUAAGAACAUAGGCACAUGCAGCAUCCGGUCUCGGGGCACCAGUUCGAGACCCCAGUCCUUUUACGCACGAAGCAUUCCUG